AUGGUAUUCUCAGUAUCUUUCUGUAUAACCACAUUUCUGUUGCUGCAAAUCUCACACUUUGCUGAUAUUCACCCUAAUUCUUCACUCUCUCUUUCUCUCUCCAAUCUUCGAAAACUUUCUAUCUCUCUCUCUCUCUCUCUCUCUCUCUCUCUCUAUCUAUCUAUCUAUCUCUCUCUGCCUUUGCCUCUCUUUUUUAUUUUAAUUUCUAUCUAUCUAUCUAUCUAUCUAUCUAUCUAUCUCUAUAUAUGUAUUCAUCUAUCUAUCUAUCUAUCUAUCUAUCAUUAUAUAUCUCAUUAUGUUCAUUAUCUAUCCAUAUAUUAUCGAUCUAUCUACUUUUCUAUCUAUAUAACUAUAUUUAUUUUUAAACUAUCUAUCUAUCUAUCUAUCUAUCUAUCUACCUCAGUCAGUUCCUAUUUAUCUCAGUCUGUUCAUAUCUCCCCAUUUCUUUUUUCAUAUUUGUCAUCAUAUCUAUCUAUCUAUCUAUCUAUCUAUCUAUCUAUACACACACACACACACACAUAUAUAUAUAUAUACUUAUAUACUGAUAUCGUUCUGUGUGUAUUUCUUUUAUCUAUCUAUCUAUCCAUCCAUCUGUCUCUCUCUCUCUCUCUCUCUAUAUAUAUAUAUAUAUAUAUAUACAUACAUAUACAUAUUUUUUUUCUAUCUAUCUAUCUAUCUAUCUAUCUAUCUAUCUCAGUCAGUUCCUAUUUAUCUCAGUCUGUUCAUAUCUCCCUAUUUCUUUGUUCAUAUCUAUCUAUCUAUCUAUCUAUCUAUCUAUCUAUCUAUCUAUACACACACAUACACAUAUAUAUAUAUAUACUUAUAUACUGA